AUGUCCGCUGCCGCCACCGAUGAUGCCGUCCGCGCCGAGAAGAGGCCGCUCGCCGACAAGGAGGAGGAGAACGGCAUCGCCGAGAAGAAGGCCCACGUCGAGAACGGAAACGAGGUCGAGGAGAAGCUGAAGGACAAGCAGAUUGAGGAGCACCCCGAGGAGGCCGAGGGUGACGAGGAGGAGGAAGAUGUUGAUGAGGAGGAGGGCGACCACGAGGAAUCGUCAGGAAAUGAGGACUCUGAGGGAGAUGUUGAGGGAGACGGAGAUGAGAAACAGCCGUUGCAGGACGAGGGCGCCAGCGGCGACGACGCCGAGGAGGGCGACGAGCCCGAGGGCGGCGAGGAGAGCGAC